AUGGUUGUAUAUACAGGUAAAGAGGCUAACAAACGGGAGCAAGAUCAUGGCCUCAAAACAGUUAUGAAAUUAGUGGCUGGGCUGGAAGACGCAGGCCGAACAGUCGUUGCAGACAAUUUCUACUCAUCAAUCAAACUUGCAGAACUGCUUUUAACACGUAAAACAUUCUAUUGUGGUACGUUAAGGUCUAAUAGGAAAGGCGUGCCCAAAAAAAUUGUAUGUACUAAAGUGAGAAAAGGUCAAGUAUAUGGCAAGAUGUCAGAAAGCGGAGUACGUAUUAUAAAAUGGUGUGAUAAGCGAGAGGUGCUAAUAAUGCUUACUACUUGCAAAGAUCACAAAGCUGAACUAGUAAAUACAGGAAAGCAGUCAAGAUUAACCAAUGAACCAAUAAGAAAGCCUAAAUGUGUAUAA